AAAUGAAAGAGGAAAAAAUGCAUAAUUGGCACAUUGUUGAUCCAAAUUUCAACAGUAUUUGAGUUCCCGCGGCGCUCAUAUGAAGCUUCGUUCCCUUGAAUAAUUGGCACAUUGUUGAUCCUUCUUGGUAACCCUUGCUUCGGAGACCAUUGCUUGAAGUGUUGUGUUUCUAAUACCCAAAUUAUAUCGUUUACUGCUUUUGGAGCGGAACCCUAAUUCCCUUUUAUAACCGUCACUCUCAGUCUCACUCUCACUCAAUCGCCCCUCAAGACCCAUUUCAUCUUCCAGUGAAGAUUUGGAACAUGUAUGGGAGAAAAGCUUGCCAACUUGUCAAAGAACUCGCUGGCGGAGAAAAGGGCCAGUUCACGCCGUUUAAUAGUGACUUGUUUGAACAAGUAGUGGCAGAGUGCAGUCAACAUCACCUUGAGCUUCAGUCCUUAAUAAGGAAGAUACAGGACGAAGGUUUGGAUGUCCAAACAGCUAGAAAUGCAGACCACUACGGAGCCCUCAUCCACCAUCUUUCUUUAGUCCGAAAUAAACGUUGCCUAAUGGCCUAUACGUACAAUCGAGCAGAAAAUUUACGGAGCUUGGUAUGGAAGGUAGGACAUGGGCUUCCUCAGGAAAUUGAAGAAAAGAUUUGUCAUUCAGAGAAGGAAUAUUUUAAGAAGCAUUCUUCUGCAUUGAAAUCUUAUAUGUCACAACUGCUGGUUGAUCUCACUGUGGAUAUGGUACCUCCAAAAGAUCCUUGCAUCCAAGUAAGGGUCCUUGAAGACAUAGGAGAAGGCAUUGUACUUAGUGAUGAUAAGACUUACAAUUUGGCCUUACAAUCAAUACACCUUCUGAAACGAACUGAUGCAGAGCAAUUUAUCGCAAGGGGCUUAAUGGAGGAGAUCACGGAUUGACCUGCUAGGCUUUUACCUGGAAGAAAUGUAAACUAGAGAGCUAUUUGUGAGCUUGAUGUGAAUUAUGUUAAGAUUAAUUGUUAUAUUUGUAAUAAUUUUGCCUGUUCUGCUUAAAAAAUUUGAACCAUAGGAUCGUUUGUGAUUUUUUGUUUUUAAAUAAAAGGUGCUAUUUAAUUUAAA